GGUCGUUCGUGUCACCCUUCGCCGCCCCCUUCCCUCACUAUCCCCUGCUCGACUGUCCGCCGUGGUCCGCAUUCGCCGCGGUCGGGAUCUGAUCCUGACGCCCCGGGGAUUUCAGAGGAACAUGCAAAACCAUCCUCCUUGCCAACUCAGCGAUUCGCUUUCACUUCGUAUCUAGUUGUCUUUCUAGAAUUCUUACAGUUGCAUCAAAGCCAUCUAUUAAUGUAUAUGGUGUCCGUUGAUUUUCUUUUAAAAACGAGGAAGUGUGAGGCAAGGGGAAAAUGAUGGGUUAAUGUAGCUUGUCAGCUUUUUUAGUUUUUUUGUGGACUGGAAGAUACGCCCGCGCGUGUUUGUAUUUAGGAACCCUAGUUUGGUUAGGUUAACAUCAGAGAGGACAACGCCUAAUGUUGCACUGCAAGAUGACGAGUAGUGAUUUAGAAAUACGCGCAGUACGUCUGAGUCGUGAGAGGAGCAAAGUUUUAGAAAGGUCCACUUAAGCAAAGUGAAGAACUGGACAGUGAUAACGUUCUUAGGGUCAGCUUUUGAAAUACUUCAAUCAUGACGAAAAGAGAAGCAGAGGAGCUGAUAGAAAUUGAGAUUGAUGGAACAGAGAAACCAGAGUGCACAGAAGAAAGCAUUGUUGAACAAACCUACACUCCAGCUGAAUGUGUAAGCCAGGCCAUAGACAUCAAUGAGCCAAUAGGCAAUUUAAAGAAACUACUAGAACCAAGACUGCAGUGUUCUUUGGAUGCUCAUGAAAUUUGCCUGCAAGAUAUCCAGCUGGAUCCAGAACGAAGUUUAUUUGACCAAGGAGUAAAGACAGACGGAACUGUACAGCUUAGUGUACAGGUAAUUUCUUACCAAGGAAUUGAACCAAAGCUAAACAUCCUGGAAAUUGUUAAACCUGCGGAAACAGUUGAAGUAGUUAUUGAUCCAGAUGCCCACCAUGCCGAAGCAGAAGCACAUCUUGUUGAGGAAGCUCAAGUGAUAACUCUUGAUGGCACAAAACACAUUACAACCAUUUCAGAUGAAACCUCAGAACAAGUGACGAGAUGGGCUGCUGCUCUGGAAGGUUAUAGGAAAGAGCAAGAACGUCUUGGGAUACCCUAUGAUCCCAUACAGUGGUCCACAGACCAAGUCCUGCAUUGGGUGGUUUGGGUAAUGAAGGAAUUCAGCAUGACCGAUAUAGACCUCACUACGCUGAAUAUUUCCGGAAGAGAACUCUGUAGUCUCAACCAAGAAGAUUUUUUUCAGCGGGUUCCUCGGGGAGAAAUUCUCUGGAGUCAUCUGGAACUUCUUCGAAAAUAUGUAUUGGCAAGCCAAGAACAACAGAUGAAUGAGAUAGUUACAAUUGAUCAACCUGUGCAAAUUAUUCCAGCAUCAGUGCAGUCUGCUACACCAACAGCCAUUAAAGCUAUAAAUAGUAGUGCAAAGGCAGCUAAAGUACAAAGAGCUCCAAGGAUUUCAGGAGAAGAUAGAAGUUCACCUGGGAACAGAACAGGAAACAACGGCCAAAUCCAACUGUGGCAGUUUUUGCUAGAACUUCUUACUGACAAGGAUGCUCGAGACUGCAUUUCUUGGGUUGGUGAUGAAGGAGAAUUUAAGCUAAAUCAGCCCGAACUGGUUGCACAAAAAUGGGGACAACGUAAAAAUAAACCUACAAUGAACUAUGAGAAACUUAGUCGUGCAUUAAGGUAUUAUUAUGAUGGGGACAUGAUUUGUAAAGUUCAAGGCAAGAGAUUUGUAUACAAGUUUGUCUGUGACUUGAAGACUCUUAUUGGAUACAGUGCAGCAGAGUUGAACCGUUUGGUCACAGAAUGUGAACAGAAGAAACUUGCAAAGAUGCAACUCCAUGGAAUUGCCCAGCCAGUCACAGCAGUAGCCCUGGCUACUGCGUCUCUGCAAACAGAAAAGGAUAAUUGAGCCCAGGACCUUUUGGGAGUCCAAGGUCUUUCUUAAAUGUUAGAGCAAGUAUUGCUCUUACCUUUAUUACUGAAUUUGAAUCUUCUUUUAUUUCUAGACUGUACAAUCUGAUGCAUGAUUUUUUUAUAAAUAUUUCAUACUCUUGUGAAUUUGGAUCUUUUUACUUUGAGCAUAUAUUUUAGAAAAUGUGUAUGUUAAACGAUCACCACAAUGUCUUUAGGCAGGUUCAUUGUGGGAUAGUUUGUUAACAGUCAAGAAAGCUAAACUGGUCAGUAUUAAUGUCUAGCCCAACCAAAAAUAGCCAGUAGCUAUUGAUGAAAAAUAAAUGAAAGUAUCUCCAGGAAACAGUCUGGCUUAACUAUUUUUUGAAAAUAUAACUGUUUCCCCUCUCUGCUGCUUUAGAUGUUGCUUUACAUAGAACCAGAAAAUGGAAUUUUUCACAGCUGAAGCAUGUAUGCCUGUUUCAUCUAAUCAAGCAGAGCUAAAAUAGUCAUAUCAAAUAAAAUUAUAAUAUUAAUAAAUUACUAAACUAAGAGCAUCACGUUAUUAAUUUAUAUAUUUGCAAGCAAAGGACAGUAGAAGACUGGCAGAGGAACAGUGCUGAAGAAAGAGAUCCAGGUUUAAAUCUGGCUUUACUCAAGCCAAUUUUAAGGAUUUACUGUAUAGCUAUUUCAUAAUGUCAGGCCAAGAAUUUAAAUUAUUAUAAGAGAGGCAUUAAAUUCUAAUAAACCAACUAUUACAAAAAUUCUCAAAUGAUCUCUGCUUUCCCUAUCAGAGAUUUAAAAAACUGAAAAAGUGUACCUCAACCUGAAAAUAAAAGUUUGGUUUGGUUUGGUA